AUGUCAUCUUCUUCAACAGCUCCAAACAAGAAGGAAGAAAAGGAAGAACCUAGAGAAUUUGGUGGACCAUGGGGAUGCUUGGCCAUCAUGAUCUUCUCUCAUAUCAUUCCGUAUUAUUAUUGGUAUUGCUUGGAGUUUAAUGAUUCUAAAUUGGUGUGGUUCGGAGAUGUGGAUUGGGCUAAAGCUUGGGAGCAAGCUCGUCCCAACUGGACUGCUUUCAAUAUUUAUAUGGGAUUCAUCAUCUUUGAGGGAUUGUUGGCUUGGUUGAUUCCGGGCCAUUAUCAUGAAGGUCUUCCUCUUGCUCAUGAGGGUGGAAAGAAAUUGGUGUACAAUUGUAACGCCAUUCAAGCCUGGUAUGUCUUGUUGGGUACCGUGGCUGUUUUGUACGUUACUGGAAUUGCUCCAAUCUCCAUGUUGUUGGACAAUUAUGCUUCCGUAUUGUCGGUAGCAAUCAUUUUCAGUAACUUGGUUGCCUUGUUUACCUAUUUCUUUACCAUUGCUACCAACAGACAACACCGAAUGACUGGAGGUUUCCUCUAUGAUUACUUUAUGGGAGCAAUUUUGAACCCAAGAUUGGGAAGUUUGGAUUUGAAAAUGUUUACUGAGGCUAGAAUUUCAUGGGUCUUGUUGUUCAUGUUGACACUUUCCGCAGCUGCCAAGCAAUACGAACAAUUGGGUUAUAUCACUUCUCCAAUGGCUUUCAUGAUUACUGCUCACUUCUUGUACUGUAAUGCAAUUAUGAAGGGAGAGGAAUGCAUUGUUUCCACUUGGGAUAUUUUCUACGAAAAGUGGGGAUGGCUCUUGAUUUUCUGGAAUUUGGCUGGUGUUCCAUUCGUUUAUUGUUACUCCUCUGUUUACAUUUUGAAGAAGGGAACUGAAAUCAAUCAUCCAACAUGGUACACAAUUCUCUUGUUUGCAGUUUUAUUGUUCUCAUAUUACAUUUGGGACACUGCUCAAAGUCAACGUAACAGAUUCCGUAUGAUGAAGGCAGGUACUUUCAAGGACAGAAAGACAUUCCCACAAUUACCAUAUGGUACUUUGCCACCUAAUGCCAAGUGUUUGAAGACUAAGGCUGGAAGUGAAUUGUUGGUUGAUGGUUGGUGGGCCUACGCUAGAAAGCCUCACUACACCACUGAUAUCAUGAUGGCUUUGUCAUGGGGAUUGAUUUGUGGUUUUGGAUCUUUCAUUCCAUACUUUUAUUUCUGUUUCUUCACCGGUAUGAUUAUUCACCGUGCUCACAGAGACAUGGAAAGAUGCAAGAGAAAGUAUAAGGAUGACUGGGAUGUUUAUUGUAACACAGUCAAGUAUAUUUACAUUCCAGGUAUUAUUUAA